AUGACCAACUCCAACAACCGAAAUGUAUACUUCGGGCCUGACUCAUUGAAGAAGUACUUUGACCCAGAUUGUCAGCCUCCAUUACCUCUGGUCGAGCUGCCAGAGUAUUUGAAUCCAUUCUAUCAGGAUGGCGUUCGAAUUUAUGCAAAGAUGAUGACCAUGCAUCCUGCCAACAACGUCAAGGCCAUGCCAGCAUUGAAUAUGCUCGAGUCAAGCGUCGUCCCAAACCAAACAAAAACAAUCAUUGAAUACAGCUCUGGGUCAACGGUGAUCUCGAUGUCAAUGAUUGCCCGGGUUAUGCAUGGCGUGCAGGACACGCGGGCGUUUCUGAGCAACAAGACUAGCGAUGCUAAGCUGAAGUUGAUGCAAUUCUUCGGCUUGGAUAUCACACUAUUUGGCGGACCGUCCCAACCAGAGCCCCUCGAUGGCCGUGGCGGUAUCCAAAAUGCCCGCCGUAUGGCUAAGGAAGCCGAUGAUAUCGUCAAUCCCAAUCAAUAUGAGAACAACGAUAACUGGCAGUCGCAUAUGCGAUGGACUGGCCCUCAGAUAUUCCGGCAAUUGCCCGAGAUCAAUGUUCUCUGUGCUGGUAUGGGCACCUCUGGCACUAUGACCGGUCUGGGGACAUACAUCAAAGGUGUCAAGCCCUCCGUGAUGAGACUCGGGGUUUGCACAGCUGCAGGUGAUAGGGUGCCAGGUCCCCGAUCCUAUGCGCUGAUGCGCCCUGUGGAGUUUCCAUGGAAAGAGGCAGUGGAUGCAAUCGAAGAAGUUGGCUCUUCUGACUCGUACGGUCUGUCCCUGAAGCUGUGCCGUGAAGGACUGGUAUGUGGUCCGUCAUCCGGAUUCAACCUGCAAGGUUUGUUCCAGAUGCUAUCAAAACGGAAGGCCGCGGGGACGCUGCCUGACUUGGCUGGUUCGGACGGGAUUACGCAUUGCGUCUUCAUGUGUUGUGACCUGCCAUAUCAGUAUAUCAGCGAGUACUUCCAGAAACUCGGGGCUGAGGAAUUCCCGCCCAUCCGCAACGAGCGCCUGACCAAGGUUGACCUGCACCGAUACGACGAGGCCUGGGAGCGCGAUGCCCUCGAAGUCCUCCCACAAGUCUACGGCUCUCCACGACCCCUGGACCAGACUCCGCUCAGCGAGAUCACCCUGAAGCCACUACACCGAGUCCUCGACCUCCGCCAACCCGCGGACUUCAAUGCCUGGCACCUCCCAGAAUCAACCAAUCUACCGCUGUCGAGUGUUAGGCUCCACACGGGAUCACCGUUUUCGGAUCCAGCCGUGCUUGAGGCACAGUGGGUGGAGCUGGAGCAGAUCUUUGGGGACGAGCGCCUGAUCUCAGAUCUUGGUUCGCAUCACGUUCUGGUAGUAUGCUAUGACGGAGAUACAGCGCGCGUGGCUACCAGCGUGCUUCGGGCCAAGGGCCUUGAUGCGGACAGUGUGCGUGGAGGCCACCAUGCGCUGCGGAUGUAUGGCAUUGGGAGCGGGAGUGUAGAGCGCGGGGUGUCAGUAUCGGCGGACUGUUCCGCGAGCAAGAUGCCUAUUGCGGCAACGGUCUCUGUCUCAGCUGUUUCUCUUGAUUAUUGA